AUGUUGCUCUCUGCAAAUGAUGUGGAGGAAAUUGGAUUAAAGAUAAUGAGGGUUCGCCUCAGCAGGAAGAACAAAAAGAGGUUGAAGUGGGAAUUUCAUAAGCAUUUUGGACUAUCGCCGCUUGAUAUCGCUGAGUGCUGGUACCAGCUAUGUAACUUCGAUCAUGGCUUGCUGUCAAAGGCAGAGAAGUCAGAAAAGGGCUUCAAGAGAUGCCUUGGAGCCAUCUACUGGCUAUGGGCGAGACCCAAAAAUGUUGGCAUCUUUGCUUCGCGUUUCGACAUGUGUGUGGACUACUGCCAAGGCAAAGAGCUUUGGAAAUGGAUUGGUCGCAUUGCGGGCCUAAGCAAAAAGUAUAUCGUCUGGGACAAAUCUAUUGAUAGAAAUGAUACAGAGAUCUUUGCACUCUCCGCUGAUGGAGUUGAUUUCCCAAUGUGGGAGAUCCAACAUGACAAAUAUCCAUAUGACAGCAAGGCAAUGUCACACAAGUUCAAGAGUUGUGGCGGAAAGUAUAUCAUUGCCCUAUCAACAUUUCGUUCUCAGUGUGUUUUCAUUGCAGGCCCGUUCAAAGGUGGCAAGGGAGAUCUUGACUGUUUCAAAGAUGGCGGAUUAAUGAAAAAGUUGAAAAAGAGUGGCAAAAUCUGUCACGUCGACCGUGGCUUUCGUUCCAAGUCGGCUCGGGAGAGGGAAAGGUUUGCUUAUCCUGAUUACAUGGAUUCGAAGGAGCUCCACAACUUCAAAUCCAGAAGUCGCUUGCGCCAGGAAACCUACAACAGGCGCUUGAAGCAUUUCCAAUGCCUCUCUGAGACGUUCAAGAAUGGUUUCGAGAAGCAUGGAAUUGCUUUGCGAGCAGUUGCCGUGCUUGUCCAAAUCCAAAUGAACAAUGGCUCCCCACUCUAUUGCGUUUAA